AUGGGGUCUUCUACUAUGACAGUGACUAGAUCAAAGAGAAAGCGCCAUCUAGUUAGACAAAAGCCCACCAGAAUAAUGCCCCCCCAGAAGGCAAAAUCAGUCUCAGAAUCACCGACGGAAUCCAUACCACAGCUGCCGACAACCUAUGGAACGAAACGUCGAAAGGCAACCGGCGAGACACCACCAGAGGCGAAGAAGCGCAAAAUCAUCCAAGGACGAGCCAGUGAAGCAGAGGCUGAAUAUGUGCCUUCUGCGAGAUAUUUGAUCAGCGACUUGCUUCCGGAUCUCGCUACAUCGUACGUGGGUCGGUUCAAACUGCCCGCACGAGAACGGCCGAAAAGGAAGGCAUGGCCGCGACAAUCCAGUCCCCUUAUAGAUCCUGAUAAAUUGCCUUCGGGUUGGAGCAUGGCUGAACGUGAUCUUGCUCCACAUGAUCUCGACGCACAAAUCGAAAGAUGCCACGUGAGAAUCAAGGAGAAUAUCAUGCCUCACAUCUUUGAACACAAGCUCAAGGUAUUGGAAAUCUGGCAGGCCAGCCGAAAUGCACUGGUCGAAUCGGAACCUGGGAACCACAGCUUGGAGGUUUUCAAACGCUUGGAAAUCCCCAGGAACAUGGAACAUGAACUAGAAAGCUCGGAUGACUUCAAUCAGCUCCCUAAUGUCCGGGCAUUGCUGCGGGCCUACCGUGGAGGAAUGCUUCAUUGGAACCAAAAGUUGGUCUCUUAUUGGUCCAAAGGUGUGCAAUUGUGUCAGCCAAGACCUUUCAAUUGGGAUGAAAUUGAGGUUCUCAAUGCGCAUCAUUCUGGUAGAACCGGAUUUUGGAUGGAAGGACUAGUUGGGCCUGGACCUACAUAUUCACUCGCAGUGAUUGGCUUAAGUGGACAACCCCCACCCAAUGGAACCUUUACUCGCAUGUACAUGAUUGCCAUUCGCGUCCCUGGCACAAGGUGGUACGCAGAGCUUGACUUUAUAUAUGACACCAGGGCAUGCAUCAUGUCAAUAUUUGCGGGUGAUCUUCAAAAUAUUAUCGGCAGAUCGACUGCGGAGCCCCCGAUCAUGGGGCUAAACACAGUGGAAAUGGCCGCUGGUAGGAAGCAGACUGGGUCAGUCAUUGAACUUGAAGUUACCAUACUGGAUACUGAUGAAAGGCGGAUGACGAAAUGGGUCAGAGUCCACUGUCAGAUAGAUCGAGGUUGGAAAAAAUGGAGUGAACAGAUUGGAUGGCCCAUGGCUACGACAGAUGCUAUACACAGCCUCAGCUCCGCGCGAUGA